GCGGCUGGCGCAGGCGCGAUCUCUCGGCGGCGCAGCGAAGAUGGCGGCCUCCGGGUGGGCGCGCACCGCCGUGGUCCUGCUCUGUGCCUUUGAUCAUCUGCUGCUGCUGCUGCUGCUGCCGCCCCCGGUCCGCGCGGCCGAGGGUCCCGCCGGGACGCCCAGCGAGGCUGCCCCGCCUCCCCCGAAGAAGAAGAAGGAUAUUCGCGAUUACAAUGAUGCGGACAUGGCGCGUCUUCUGGAACAGUGGGAGAAAGACGACGACAUCGAGGAAGGAGACCUCCCGGAGCACAAAAGGCCCUCGGCGCCUAUCGACUUCUCGCAGCUCGACCCGGGCAAGCCCGAGAGCAUACUGAAAAUGACCAAGAAAGGGAAGACUCUCAUGAUGUUUGUCACCGUGUCAGGAAGCCCCACGGAGAAGGAAACGGAGGAAAUCACCAGUCUCUGGCAGGGCAGCCUUUUCAAUGCCAACUACGACGUCCAGAGGUUCAUCGUGGGCUCAGACCGCGCCAUCUUCAUGCUUCGUGAUGGGAGUUACGCCUGGGAGAUCAAGGACUUUUUGGUCAGUCAAGACCGGUGUGCUGAUGUAACUCUGGAGGGUCAGGUGUACCCUGGCAAAGGAGGAGGAAGCAAAGAGAAAAACAAGACAAAGCAAGAGAAGGGCAAGAAGAAGAGUAAGGGAGACCCGAAUCCUCGGGCUUCGAAGGAAGACAAUCGAGCUGGGAAUACACGAGAAGACCUGUAACGGGGCAGCCACAGCGUCUUCCAGGGACACGCAGGACCGGGCUCGGCCCGGGCUUGCGGGGUGGGGCGGGCGUGGGAAACCGCACCGCACAUGGAAUUCUAGCUCCUCUAGAGAAGGUCUGCCACGUGACCAGUUGUGGUCAGUCUAAGAAUGACUGUUGAAACGGCUUCAAGUAAGAAGACAGAGGUUUUGUAAGUGACAUUGGGCACUGACAGAUUCAGGGGACUAAAAUGUCACUUUAAAUGGAAACCUUUUUCCCGUUUACAUUUGGGGGAGUCCUUGACUCUGCUGUGGCACCGCCCCCCUCAUUGCACCUGCUCCGAUCUGGUGUCCUGCGCUGUCCGUGCUUUUUAUUUCCUGUUAACUGUAAGGAUACCAGGUUCUAAUCAGACAAACUUUUAAGACUCUUGUUAAUUGAAUCGGGCUCUUCGUGCUACAAACAUUGUUUUCAUUAGUGUGAAAUUAGAACACGCCGUGGGACCACGCACGGAGCUCUGGUAUUUAAAUACACAAUCAGGACGCCAGGACUGUAAAUCCCACAUCUGCAAAAAACGCAAAGAACUGAAAACAGUGUUACUUGGAGGUCUGAGUACUUCCUUUGAAAUUCGUGGACUUGAAUCCUCCUUACUUACCGAGAACUCUGGGCAUCUGUCAGGUGUGGGGGUGGUCUGUGCAGUUCAGGGGUUCCGUUCUGUGUCCUUAUCCAGGAAACAGCCCUGCUGGUGUCAAGGGUGCCAUUCAGUGUGACACUUUAAAGGGUGUCACUCAGGACUCAGCAGUGCCCUUUGCAGAGUGUGGCAGAGGCGCAGUCACCUCGUUCGUUUCUAACAUGUUUCUUUGAUAAAGUGCCUAAA